AUGGAGGAUUUUUCUACAUUAAAGCAACCUACAGGGACCUGGGAAGCUUCUGAAGAAGCAUCAGAUACUCCAAGUUUACUUGUGGUUAUAUUGGAUGCGAAUCCAGCUUCUUGGUAUUCACUUUCUAAACGUAUAUCCGCUGCAAAAGUACUGGCGGAUAUCAACGUCUUUUUAAAUGCACAUUUAGCAUUUCAUCAUGACAAUCGAGUUGCUGUUUUGGCUUCUCAUUAUGACAAGGUUGAAUAUCUUUACCCAAAGCCAGAGACUGAAGAGACUGUUCCUUUGUUAGAUCCUGCGAAAGAAGCAAAUACAUAUCGCAAGUUUCGAGAGGUUGAUGAUUUUGUCCUCAAUGGGAUGAGGCGGUUGAUGAAGUCCACAUCAAAGGUAUCCAAAAAGACGCUGAUGUCAGGAGCGCUAUCCCGUGCCCUGGCAUAUGUAAACCAAGUGCAAAAUCAAAAAUAUAUCCGAUCUAGGAUAGUUAUUUUCUCACUGACUGGUGAUGUGGCUCUUCAAUAUAUUCCGACGAUGAAUUGCAUUUUCUGUGCACAAAAGAAAAAUAUUCCAAUUAGCAUAUGUAACAUUGCGGGUGGAACACUCUUUCUUGAGCAAGCUGCGGAUGCUACAGGAGGCAUUUACUUAAAAGUCGAUAACCCCAAUGGUUUAUUGCAGCAUUUAAUGAUGACUUUGUUUCCUGACCAGAAUCUCCGGAAACAUCUAAAUACCCCAAAUCAAGCGAAUGUCGAUUUUCGGGCUACUUGUUUCUGUCAUAAAAAUGUUUUAGAUGUCGGCUUUGUCUGCUCUGUAUGCUUGUCUAUCUACUGUGAACCAAGAGAGUUUUGCUCGACCUGUCAAACUAAAUUUACUCCCACUACACUAUCCAAACGGAAGUUUUCGUAA